GCUGAUUUAUUUUAGGGUGAAUGUUUUUCUGUACCUCUUUUCACACGAUGUCUACUCCUAAAGAAUUAGUUCUCAAAUACCUUAAUAAUUAUAGCAUACGAGCAUUCAACAUAUUUGUCAGAAAACACCGGGACGAAAUCGUUAGACUUUCAACCUCUUUAAGUGAUAUUGGCACACCUAUCCAACUUCAGCGUUACUGGAUCAGCUCGUAUAACAGAAUAGCUAGAGAAAAUGGGAAGCCGUUAUUGAUGGUCGAUGAAAGCUACGCUAGAGCAUCGAAAAAACUUAUAGUGAUUUUUAUAGUGAUUUUUAUACUGAUUAAACGUCAAAAAAAGCUGCAGAGAAAAAGUCGAGAACGUUUUGUCCCCAAUAAAAAUUAGAAUACUAUAAUCUCCUUAAACAGCUAUGUUCCUGUUUAAUUACUACCGUUGUGUACUACAUGAUAUUAAUUCGUCCAUACAACUACUGUACAAUGUUAUUGGCUCAAUUUUUACACAACCAUCUCUGGAACUCAAAAAAAUAGUAGAUAUUUCGUAUUUAAAGCACUCGCUUUUACAUAUUUCAUUAAAUUUUGAUAUAUACAGUCAAUCAAAGGUUUCCAAAAGCCUUAUGGAACAUCAAGACGUUUAAUAAGUACGUGUGCUAAAAAAAAUCUAGCAAUAGCACGGUGUUUUAAAAAAAACCGUGUAACAAAAAAAAAAUUAAAAAAUUAUAUAAAAAAUAAACCCAUGGGCAAUUUUCAU